AACUCCUAUAAAUGAGUGGUACGUCUUCCUGCAUUUUCCAAGUUAUCAUAGUGUUUGCUUGAUGGUUUCAAUGGAGUUUCGUUUCGUUGCAACCCUAGCUUUACUCUCUGUGGUGGUGAUAGGAAGUAAUGCUGCUCUACCUGCUGAGGAGUAUUGGCAUUCGAAGUUGCCAAACACUCCUAUCCCACAAGAUCUUCUAAAUCUUCUGCAGCCUGGUGGCAAAGAUAAAAAUACCUUUUGGGAUAUGGGCUUGAAGCAGUCCGAAUAUGGUGUGGAUGAUAGGAGGGAAAAAUAUGGAAAAAGAUAUGAGAAUGCUUUUGAGGAAGGUGUGGACGAUAGGAGAGAAAAAUAUGGAAAAAGAUAUGAGAAUGCUUUUGAGGAAGGUGCAGAUGAUAGAAGAGAAAAAUAUGGAAAAAGAUAUGAGAAUGCUUUUGAGGAAGCUGUGGAUGAUAGGAGGGAAAAAUAUGGAAAAAGAUAUGAAAAUGCAUUUGAGGAAGCUGCAGAUGAUAGAAGAGAAAAAUAUGGAAAAAGAUAUGAGAAUGCUUUUGAGGAAGGUGCAGAUGAUAGAAGAGAAAAAUAUGGAAAAAGAUAUGAAAAUGCAUUUGAGGAAGCUGUGGAUGAUAGGAGGGAAAAAUAUGGAAAAAGAUAUGAAGAAAAAUUUCAUAAACAUAAUCUCCCUAAUUCAACUGUGUUUUUUGUUUAUAAUGAUCUCCAUAUCAACCGAAAAAUGAAACUUCAUAUAACUAAAUCAACAAACAAAGCUAGAAUCUUAUCUCGUCAAGUUGCUAAUUCCAUACCUUUUUCAACUGAUAAAUUUUCAGAAAUUUUAAAGUGUUUCUCUGUAAAACCUGAAUCACAACAAGCCAAAGUCAUAAAACAAACUAUAGAAGAUUGUGAAUCACCAGGCAUUAAAGGAGAAGAUAGGUAUUGUGCCACUUCUUUAGAGUCUUUAGUCGAUUUCAGUGUUAAACAUGUUGGGAAUAAAACUCAAGUCCUUUUCAACGAGAUAGAUAAACCGAAAAAAGAGCAAGAGUAUACGAUCAUGGAUGUCAAAUUUAUUGGAGAAAAUCAUAUAGUGUGUCACAAGCAGAAAUAUCCAUAUGCUGUGUAUUAUUGCCACGCACUCAAUGGCACUAAAGUUUACACCGCUUCGGUGGUGGGUGCUGAUGGUACUAAGGCUAAAGCAGUAGCUGUUUGCCAUUUUGAUACCUCUUCUUGGAAUCCAGGACACUUGGCCUUCUUGCUCCUCAACAUGAAGCCAGGGGAAGGAACUGUCUGUCACUUUAUCAGAAGUGAUACACUUGUUGUGGUCUCUAAUAACUAAAUUAGAGUUUAAGCAUACUCUGUAGUUGUACUUGUAACUGUGCUACUUUUCUCAAUAAUGCACUCUUUUUAAGUGGCAAUCUCUGUUAAUCUAUAUGCAAGGUUAGUGCUAUGUCGUAUAACGAAAUGCUGUGGUUAUAUUUC